GUUCUUAGUUUCACUUCUAUUCUCUGAGCUCCGCUGACUAUGACAGACAUGAGACUUGUGAUUCUGGGUUUUAGAGAUGCAGGGAAGAGUUCAGCAGGAAAUACCAUCCUAGGGGGACAGCACUUCUACAGUAAGAAAACAGUCCAGUGUGUGAAAGGAGAGAGAAACGUAGAUGGCAGACAUGUCACUAUUAUUAAAGCUCCAGGCUGGGGAAAGGACCAACUUCUUAAAGACACGGCUGAACUCAUGAAAGAAGAAAUUACUCUCAGCGUGUCUCUGUGUCCUCCAGGACCCCACUCAGUCCUCCUAGUCAUACGUGCAGGCAUGAAGUUCACAGAGACUAGCAGGAGAGCAGUACAGGAACAUGCAGAGCUUCUAGGUGAGAGAGUGUGGAGUCACACCAUAGUGCUGUUUACUCAUGGAGACUGGCUUGGGGAGAGAAGCAUUGAGCAGUACAUCGAGAGUGAGGGCAAACCUCUCCAGUGGCUUGCUGAGAAAUGUGGGAACAGGUAUCAUGUCUUCAGCAAUGAGACUACUAAAGUUCAGGUUUCAGAACUGUUUCGCAAAGUAGAAGAGACGGUAGUUGGGAAUAGCGGCCAUCCUUAUGAAAUAGAUGGAAAAGUACUGAGGGCAGUGGAGGAGAGAAAAACUGUAGAGACCAAGAAAGCAGAACAGAUGAAGAAUAAGUUUCAGGAGACAAGGGAUGUACCGACAGGAGGUGAUGCUAAGACAAGUACAGAGACUGUGAAAUCCAUACCUACACGAGGUGAUGCUAUUACAAGUCCACAGACUGUGAAAUCCAAACCUAGAAGGCUUUCUAAAAAUCUGAGGAUUAUUUUACUUGGCCACUCAAAUGCAGGGAAGUAUUCUUUAGGCAAUAGAUUGUUGGGCAGGCCACACAAUGCCCUCCAUUCAGUAAAGAAGCAAUGUUGGGUGUCAGGGAGGCAUAUCACCGUAGUGAACACCCCUGGCUGGGGACGAGAGCAGCGUCUUAGUGACACUCCUGAGCUCACCAGACAGGAGAUCAUACUCAGUGUGUCCCACUGUGUCCCAGGACCUCAUGUUCUGGUCUUGGUUAUACGUGUGGGUGAGACAUUCACAGAGUUAAAUCGAAGAGCAGUGCAGGAUCACAUGGAUCUCCUUGGUGCAAGAGUGUGGGAACACACACUUGUUGUGUUGAAAUGUGUGCGUGGACUGGAUAAUCUGCCCAUUAAGCAGUAUAUUGAGAGAGAAGGGAAAGCCCUCCACUGGCUGGUAGAAAAAUGUGGGAACAGGUGCUGUGUCCUGGAUAAUAAGAAUAAAUCAGAUUAUUCUUAUGUCGAGGAGCUUCUAAAAGUUGCUGACAGCACAGUUGAACAAAAUGGAGGGUCUCAUUAUGAGAUGGAGGGAGAGGUAUUACAGGAAGUACAAGCAAAGAAAAAGGGACAGGUGGAGAGAGCAAAAGAAAGAGAGAAUAAGGUAAGAAAACUCUGGGAGGAGCUGAAGAUGUGCGAAGGCCUGGAAAAGAUAACAAUCAGGGACAAGCCAAGAAAGGAGACAACUACAGUAACGAAUCAGACAAAAAACCUUCAUAACCUAGCAAACAUCAGACUAGUCCUGCUGGGGUCUGUAGAUGAGGGCAAGAGGGCCGUUGGAAACACCAUCCUGGGAAGAGAGGAGUUUAGCUCUAAGAUCAUUUGUGAAUGUGUGACAAAACAUGGAUCGGUGGGACAGAGACAGGUCACUGUUAUUAACCCACCAGGCUGGGGCAGAGAGCAGCGUCUUUCUCAAACCCCUGUGAAUGUUAGACAGCAGCUUUUGCAGAGUGUGUUUCCUCCAGGAGCCCAUGCUCUCAUCUUGGUCAUACGUGCAGACAGGAAGUUCACAGAGGCCAACAGGGUAGCACUGCAAGAUCAUAUGGAGCUUCUUGGGGAGAGGGUGUGGGAUCACACCAUUGUGCUGUUUACCUGUGGGGACUGGCUGGGUAAUAUAGCCAUCGAACAGUUUAUUUACAGUGAAGGCCAACCCCUACUGUGGGUCGUAGAAAAAUGUAGCUAUAGAGUUCAUCGUAUGAACAAUACUGACAGGGCUGCUAUCACACAGGUCUCAAAGUUGCUAGAAUCCAUAGCGUUUGUGGUGGCAAAGAACAAAGUGAAACAUUUUGAGUUAGACAGUGAAAGAUACCAGAGUGAGAAAUUGAAAAUUGAAGCUCGGGAAAGGACAGUUAAAGAGAUGCGAGAGAGGAUUCAACAAGUGAUGGGGAUGGGGGAUGUUCAAAGAAGAAGUAGCCUGAGACGACCUCCAAGUUUGAAUGAUGACAGAAGUGCACCACAAACAGAGUUCCGAAUCAUGCUGCUGGGACACAGAGGAUCUGGAAAGACGGCAGCUGGAAACAGCAUCUUGGGCAGUGAGGCCUUCCACACCAAGCAGAGUUGCAGCCUGAGGGUGGCUGCUGAGAGGGAGCUGGUGACGAGCGGGGUCGGCCACGUGGCUGCUAGCACGCCCGCACUGGAUUGCUAG